AUGAACAAUUCCAAUAUCAGAAAAGUUUUCGAUUCUAAUCAAUCGGCUAUUGCAUUCGAAGAUUAUGAUGAUCAAACUUUGGAUCCCCAAAUCCUGUCUACAUUGACGGAUUCUUAUUUACCAAAUGUUCUCGGCUCAUUUAAUCUUAUAAAGCCUCUCCCCUCAGAUCCUAAAAAUAUUAUAGAUUAUGAUCGCUGCGUCCGAAUACCUCCUCAAACUCCUUAUUUCCACAAACCAGAGCUUUAUUCAAUGUUUCCACGUCGAUCACGUCGUCCCCGUCACCAUCCACCAGAAUAUAGCUCACUCCUUCCUCUGCUCAUUGCCGCCAAACGUAAUAAUGUAGCAGUAGAUCAAUUUGAUAUUGUCAGUGAGAGAAAUUCAUUCAGAAAAAUUGCUAUGAAUAAAGGAGAUUAUGUGAUAAGUGUGAUGAAAUUUGGUUCUACACUAUUUCUAAGACGACACGAUGAUAAAAGAGGUGAGUGGAACAAUGUUGGACAGCAAUUUGAACGAAUGUGUACACCUGGUUAUCAUCGUAUCGGUACUUACAAUCAAUUAAUCGAAGGACAUAUUGGCAACCUAAGAACAAUAAUAGUAGCUGAAACUGAUGCGAUAUCUAUAGAAGAUGGGAAAGCAAUUGAACUCAAGUGUCGUUCGAAUCAGCAGAUUAAAGAUCGACAUGAUUCUUGGAUAGAGACGUUUUUUGGUGGAGUGGAAACAAUUUUCGUUGGUUGUCGUUCGAAUAGUGAGCCACCGCAACUUCUAAGUAUUGAACCUCAUCCUGCCUCUACAAUGAUCGGUGAUCAAAACAAAAAAGCAACUUUAGCACAUCUUUAUCGAGUUCUUCGUUUUCUUUUGGUCAAUGUUGAGACAAAUGGAACUUAUUUAUUUUCUCGUCAUUAUGAUCAACGUAUUGGAAAAAAAGGCUUGUAUUUAUAUAAAGUGGCUGACCAACAUGAAGAAGAACUAAGAUUUAUCUCUCAGCAGAUGCUCGAUCAAUUGGAUUUUAAAUUUUAG